AUGAACCAAAACGAUUUUAGACAGUUAAUCAGUCAGAGUAAUCAGUCUAAAAAGCAUGAAAAUCUGAAAAAUCUAAACAAGAAUGAUAAAAAGAGAUUGUCCAAUCUAUCCACCUUAUCUAAUGAUAUUCAACUACUCGCUCAAUCAAAAGGCUUAAAUUUAGAUGAAAUCAAUAAACAAAAGCUCAAUAAAUCUAAAGAAGUUGAUGAGCAUGUUCAAUCAGAAUUAGACUCCGUGAUCAGUAACAUAAAACCUCCUACUAAUCAACAACAUCAUUCAAAUAAAAGAUCUCGUAAUGACAUACUAGCCGAAUUAAAGCGAUCUAAACUUGAUCAUCAGUUUGAUGAUUCUGCUUCAACCCAACAUACCUAUAAGCCUCCUUCUCCCGAUGCCUUGAACUCUGAUGAUGACAUUUUCAACGAUACCAACGAUAAGUAUCAGCCACCCAUUUUAUCUGAUAGCGAUAGCAAUAGUGAUAGCGGUAGCCAUAACAAUAUCGAUACUACUUCGAAAGACAUUCAAUCACCAUUUUCACAACCGCAAUCACCACAAAUCUCACAAUCACCUCUACGGAAAAACUCCCUCUCCCCCUCUCCAUCCCCUGAACUAGACAUCUCUGGUAGAUUAGUCGGCUUAACUUCAACUGCACUACCCAACGUCGCCCAACGCAUUCAAUCUGAUAAAGACGCUGAAAUAGCUGAUCAACGUAAACAACGUAAACAAAUUUGGCUAGCUAAGCAAGGCAUCAAGAAGGACACUGGUGACAACCCUGAACCUCCACCCCAAAAGACUCAAACUGACUCUCAAAAGUUAAAUUCAGACUAUCAAAGAAUCAACGCUUAUAUACAAAAAAAUAAAAAAUAA